CCCCCUGCCUUUGUGAGGUGAGGAUUUGGCGUGGAAGGUUCGCGAAAUCGCCGCCGCCAUUGCGUGUCUCUGUCUAUGGCGACUGGAGCGAACGCGACGCCGCUGGGCAAGCUCCACCCGCCGCCGCCGCCUGGCAAGGCCGGCUAUCCGCUGCCUCCCCCCGGGCUGGUGAUGCAGGGCCCGCCGCCCCCGCCGCCGCCGGGCCCCACCCAGGGCCAGCCCCAGCCCGCCAUCCCCAGCCUCAUGGCCGCCGCCGCCUUCCCCUUCGCCGCCCUGCCGCCGCCCCCGCCGCCGCCCCCGCCGCCGCCGCCGCCGCCUGCCCAGCCGCAGCAGCAGGCCCCGCCGCCGCCGCCGCAGCAGCAGCAGGCCCCGCAGCAGGCCCCGCAGCAGCAGCAGGCCCAGUACGGCCAGUACCGCUUCCCGUCGCCUCCGCCGCAAGCGCAGCCGCAGCUGCCCCCGCUGGGCCUCGAGCAACAGCCGCUGCCGCAGCAAGCCCAGCACCUCCUCCACCACCUGCAGCAGCAGCACCAGCAGCAGCAGGACGAGGGCGGCUUGGCCGGGGCCGGGAAUCAAGAUUUUCCUAAUAAAAAGAGGAAGAGGAGUAGAUGGAACCAAGAUACCAUGGAUCAGAAGACUGUUAUACCCGGAAUGCCCACAGUUAUUCCUCCUGGGCUUACCCGUGAACAAGAGAGAGCUUAUAUAGUGCAACUGCAGAUAGAAGACCUGACUCGCAAACUACGCACAGGAGACCUGGGCAUCCCCCCUAACCCUGAGGACAGGUCUCCUUCCCCUGAACCAAUUUACAAUAGUGAGGGGAAGCGUUUGAAUACCCGCGAGUUCCGUACACGCAAGAAGUUGGAAGAGGAGAGGCACAACCUGAUAACGGAGAUGGUUGCGCUCAACCCAGACUUUAAGCCACCAGCUGAUUACAAGCCUCCAGCAACUCGAGUGAGUGAUAAGGUGAUGAUCCCACAGGAUGAAUAUCCUGAGAUUAACUUCGUUGGGCUUCUGAUUGGACCCAGAGGGAACACAUUGAAGAACAUUGAGAAGGAGUGCAAUGCUAAGAUUAUGAUCAGAGGCAAAGGGUCUGUGAAAGAAGGCAAGGUGGGACGGAAAGAUGGCCAGAUGCUGCCUGGUGAGGACGAGCCACUUCAUGCUUUGGUCACUGCUAACACCAUGGAGAACGUGAAGAAGGCUGUGGAACAGAUCCGGAAUAUUCUGAAGCAAGGCAUUGAAACUCCAGAGGACCAGAAUGACUUGCGCAAGAUGCAGCUGCGGGAACUAGCCCGACUCAAUGGGACACUGCGUGAAGAUGACAACAGGAUUCUGCGUCCAUGGCAAAAUACAGAGACUCGCAGCAUCACAAACACCACUGUGUGCACCAAGUGUGGAGGGGCUGGCCACAUUGCAUCAGACUGCAAGUUUGCCCGACCCGGGGACCCCCAGUCAGCACAGGAUAAAGCACGGAUGGACAAAGAAUACCUCUCUCUGAUGGCUGAGUUGGGAGAAGCUCCUGUACCAGCAUCGGUGGGGUCAUCUUCAGGACCUUCCAACCCACCCCUGCCAAGUGGUCCAAGACCAUCAGGGCCAGGGAACAACCAGCCGCCUCCUAACCGCCCACCGUGGAUGAACUCAGGCCCCUCUGAAAACAGGCCCUUCCAUAGCAUGCAUGGUGGUGGGGGAGGAGGGGGAGGAGGAGGGCCUGCAGGACCUGGUGGCCCUCACAGUUUCCCUCACCCCAUGUCAAAUAUGGGAGGACACGGGGGUCACCCAAUGCAGCACAACCCCAAUGGUCCUCCACCUUGGAUGCAGCCUCACAAUCCACCAAUGAACCAGGGGCCACAUCCUCAUGGUCCCCCAGGGCCCCACCACAUGGAUCAGUACCUGGGCAAUGCGCCAGUGGGCUCUGGGGUCUAUCGCCUCCAAGGAAAAGGUAUGAUGCCGCCUCCGAUGGGUAUGAUGCCCCCUCCACCCCCUCCGCCCAGUGGUCAGCCUCCCCCACCUCCCUCUGGUCCUCUCCCCCCAUGGCAGCAACAGCAGCAGCAGCAGCCUCCACCCCCGCCUCCCAGCAGCAGUACUCCCUUGCCAUGGCAGCAAAAUACGACGACCACCACCAGCACGAGCGCUGGCACCGGGGCCCUCCCUCCAUGGCAGCAGCAGGGAGCAGCAGUGGCGGCGGCAACUUCUACGGGGGGCCCGCAGAUGCAAGGCAGCCCCUCCAUGGUGCCUUUGCCUCCAGGGGUCCAGCCUCCGCUGCCGCCCGGGGCCCCGCCUCCGCCCCCGCCCCCGCCCCCUGGCUCCGCGGGCAUGAUGUACGCCCCUCCCCCUCCUCCACCUCCCAUGGACCCUUCUAAUUUUGUCACCAUGAUGGGGGUGGGGGUGCCAGCCUUGCCACCGUUUGGCAUGCCCCCUGCUCCCCCACCACCCCCACCACAGAACUGAAGAAUGGCUUUUCUAUACAGUUUUUCUUGCCAAUAUGGAGCCAGGAAUUGGAGGGGAGGCUUGUGAAGCCCAGCCGGGAACACAUGAGGAUGGCAUCCUCUCCCCACGCCGUAUUGUACUCUGUACUUAGAGAGGUGUGUGACUCUUGUCAGAUUCCGUUUUUGAUUGACUGGCCGGUGCACUUCCCCAUCAGGAUGCUAGUGCUGAGUCUCCGCUCAGAAGUGAGGACUGUCCCACCAUUCGGCAGUGAGUAAGAAGAGCUUCUCUCCAUAGGAAACUGCCAGGUCUAGCUGUGGUGGUGGCAAGGCCCUCCUGUGAUUUGAUGCUGCUCUGUCUACCUUGCCCCCUGGGGUGGAACUAGUGGCUUUUGUUAAUUUUAAGUUCUUUUUUCCAGACUUAGAUUUUUUAACCUCAUCUCAGAGGCGCCAGUUUUCCAUGGCCAUAUGCAUCUCCAUCACAAACAAAUCUUGUCAGUAAGAGUUGAAAAAGCAAAUGGAUUAUUUCUGUAGACUGGGAAGUUGCAUGCACCAGAGUUGUUUUGGGGGUUGCCAGCUCCCCCCCCCCAAGUUUUCCAUAGCAGAGGAAAAGUAGACUUCACAUGGUGGGCCUUCCUUGGAAACUAGGGGCUUUAAGCCCUCUCCCUUAGUCCCAUUGAGUAGUUAAAUUGGGAGGGCAUCUUCAUCUGUUUUGAAGUCCAUUCUUAUCUUGUCCAUCUGCCUAGAAACUCCUUUCUUUGUUUUACAUGCCUUUUGUGGUUUGGGGUGGCCUGACCCCCAAAUUGAAUGAUUUUUGUUGACAAUGAUGUGUGUGUACAAUGCUUCAUUCGAUCUCCUGUAACCAUUUUCUUAAUUGCUUUUUGUGUAAGAAUAAAACUGCAGUAACGGGGAGGUUCCAAUUAAAUGCAGCUUUUAAAAUA